UGGGUGGUUCUUCCCAUCGAGUCGGGAGAAACCAGCUGCAUCUCCCAUCUCGUUAGCUACGUCUGCUAGCGAAUGUGAACGCUGACAAGUUUUUAAACUUAAAAUUCGUUUUAACGCAAUAGCCACUCGGAAAAAAGUUUUAAAUGACGAGAUAAAUUAACGUCACUGCUUGCGGGAGUGCAAUUCCUCCAGACUUGUAACAUGUUUACUGUGGCAGUUUGAAAAGUUUACGACUGACGUGAGACGAGUUUUUCCAUUACUUUUUUUUUUUCAUGACGAAGCUAGCUCGUACGGAGGUGGAUGCUAACUCGCCUCCGCUGCAGCCCGACACGGCCUCACUGGACCGAGCCGAACCGUGUGCAUGCUUCCCUCGUCUCUCAAGUCACCAGCGACUCUCACCGCAGCGGAAUUUAUCUGUUUUAUUUGAUUCCAAUUCCGGACAACUGUGGCGUCUUGAGCAUCGUUAGCCGAGGUGGCGUUCAAGUACCGCUGGCUGGGAGCUAAACAUGCAUUUUUCCAUACCCGAAACGGAGGUUCGUUCGGGAGAAAAUGGAUCUACCUAUGUGGCUUACAACAUCCACGUCAACGGCGUUCUGCACUGUCGGGGGCGCUACAGUCAACUGCUGGGCCUCCACGAGCAGAUCAAGAAGGAAUAUGGCAGCAACGUGGUGCCUUCCUUCCCUCCAAAGAAGAUCUUCACGCUGACUCUCGCUGAAGUGGAGCAGAGGAGGGAGCAACUCGAGAAGUACAUGCAGGCCGUACGCCAGGACCCGCAGCUUGGAGCCAGCGAGCUGUUCAACAGCUUCCUGAGAAAAGCACAGCAGGAGACUCAGCAGAUUCCGACUGAGGAAGUUGCUCUGGACAUCUGCCUGGCUAACGGUCAGAAGGUGACGAUCAACAUUCUAAGCUCCGACCAGACCGAAGACGUGCUGGAUGUCGUCGCAACCAAACUGGAUCUCCCCGAAGACCUUGUGGCCUACUUCAGUCUUUUCCUCGUCCGGGAAGGAGAAGAGGGAGGCCUUACAUUCGUGCGGAAGCUUCAGGAGUUCGAGCUGCCCUAUGUGUCCAUCAGCAGCCUCCGCAGCUCAGAAUUUCACAUCCUCCUACGGAAAAGUUACUGGGACAUGGUGUACGACGCGGAUGUCAUGGACAACAGAGUUGGCCUCAACUUGCUGUAUGCCCAGACGGUGUCCGACAUCGAGCGAGGCUGGAUGCUCGUCAGCAAAGACCAGCACAGGCAGCUCAAGUCCCUGCAGGAGAAAGGCUCCAAGAAGGAAUUCAUCCACCUGGGCCAGACGCUGAAAUAUUACGGCUACAUCAAGUUCGACCCGUGCGCCACCGACUUCCCCGAGAAGGGCUGCCAAGUCAUCGUGGGCGCCGGCAACAAUGAGCUCAACUUCCACGUCAAGCUGCCCAACGAGCAGAUGAAGGAGGGCAGCUUCAAGGUCACACGCAUGCGCUGUUGGAGAGUCACGUCCUCCCAAGUCCCAAUCGCGAACGGCACCAACAACCCGUGCGGGUCGGCCAAGUGCGACGUGAAACUGGAGCUGGCCUUCGAGUAUCUGAUGAGCAAGGACCGCCUGCGCUGGGUUACCAUCACCAGCCAGCAGGCCAUCAUGAUGAGCAUCUGCCUUCAGUCAAUGGUGGACGAGUUAAUGGUCAAGAAGUCUGGCGGCAGCAUCAAGAAGAUGUUAAGGAAACGACACGACAGCUCCAUGCAGCGGCCCGACUGUCAGCCAGGUGUGAAAUCGCCCCCACUGCUGGACUCUCCCGACCAGAGCCGCGAGCAGAUCAUCAAACUAUCGACCAAGCUGAGCUCGGUGUCCUUGCGUGGGAUCAGCGCCUCCAACUCGGCCGGCGACAUCAGCGGCGGCGAUUUCCACGGCAACUACGCUUUCGAGGGCAUCGGCGACGACGACCUGUAACGUCUCGCGAGCCCGCCCUCCCCUUCCUCCUCUUCCUUGCCAUGAUACGCCCCCACAAAGGUCAUAAGCUUAGGUCCCAUGUGUGUCCCGUUGCGCCUCUGCAGGUUUCGUAGCAACCGGGCCGACCAACAAAUGGCCGCCGUCGCGUUCGGUUCAAGUCCAUUUCUUGGUCACGGCACGGGCAAUGUUACAGUCAAUCGGUAGAUGCACAAAAAGCCCAGAAGAUACGAGACUUUGGCCGACUCGCCACAAGUGAGAGCGAAACACGGAAUUCUCCGGAAAAUUGAACGUGCCCCAAACGUUUUUGUGACUCGUGACUUUGUAUGUAUGCUCACUGGACGCUACGUUAGGCACACAGCCGGUGAGAUGUGACAUUGGAUGUGCAGUGAAACCCGCUUGCAUAUGUUCCACGCCCAGCCUCGAGCG